CUCAUAUUGAUCAUUUCUCAUCAUCACGCUCACAAGCAAUACUUUCUCUUUGCAAAUUAAUCAUCUCUCAUUAUCUUUUCCUGUGAUCUUCAAAUCUUGAAAGAUGGCCGCAGUUGAGGUUGAAGCAGUUACUGCAGCAAUAGUAGAAAAUGUUAAAACCAAGGAGGUAAUCACCACCCCAGAGGCUCCAAAAGAAGAGGCAAAUGCACCGGUGACAGUCACGGAGGAAGUAAAAGAAGGGGCUAAAGAUGCUGCACCAGAAGAAAACGCAGUUGAGCCUGAUCCAGAAGCUGAGAAAGCUGUUGAAGCUCAGAAAGAGACAGUAAUUUCAGUAAAAGAGUCCGUUGAGGCGGCUGCCGUGGUUGCACCGGAAGAGCCUGCUGCAGUGAAAGUGGAAAAGAAAGAAGAAGUUGAAGAUGUGAAGAAAGAGGCUGCAGUUGAGGAGACUAAAGAAGAAGUUGAAGAGGUGAAGAAAGAGGCUGAAGAAGAAACCCCUCAUGUGGUGGAGGCGGCUCCCACAGAAGUUACAGUUGAGAAGACUGAGGAUUGAACAGUAGAAAUGAUGCAAUAUUUGGGGUCAUUUUAGGCUGGCAUUCGUUGAAGUUUAUCAUUAUGAAGUGUUCGUUCUCAACAGCUUGGUGUAUUAGGUGGGUCCUAAAGUUGGCUGCUAUCUUAUGAUGGAAUGUGAUCUCUGGAUUUGAAUAAUAAAAAUAAUGGAAUUUCUACUGUCU